AUGUUACGUUGGGUAAUUUGUGACGUCAUCAAUACUAAAGAUUGCGGCCUAUUCACCCCUUCAGGAAGAAUUGUUGGUGGUGACCUUGUGCAGAAGAAAGAUCAAGUACCCUGGGCUGUGCAGCUAAGCUUGCCUUACAUAUACAACGCGACUCACAAUAGCAGCAAGUCCUGCGGAGGAAGCAUUAUUUCAGCUCACUUUGUACUAACUGCAAGCCACUGCAUCUCACUUGAAGGGAUCAACCUUCACGAAUCUAAGGUUUUCUACAAUAGUACUGAAAAACACGGGGGUCCAACAGUUGGCAUUGCGGCCUUAAUCAGAUACCCUCUUUUUAUCCCUGGGGCAUUUGCUCAUGACAUUGCUUUAGCAAAGACGAUCGAACCGAUUUCGUUCGACAGAUUUGUAAGGCCAGUUUGCUUACCACGGAAACGAAGCAAGCUUGAUGGAAAAAAAGCAGUAGUAUCAGGUUGGGGCAGAGUGUCCGCAGACAGCAAGAUCAGCUCGGGUUUGGUUCAAGCUACGCAGACAAUACUUCCCUUCAAGCGUUGCGGGAAGAGCUUGUCCGAAGUGGAUCCACACCGUGCUCUAACAUGGCGAGUCGCUUUGUGCGCUCGCGAAAAAGGAAAAGGAAUAUGCAUGGGAGAUUCCGGAGGGCCACUCACCAUUAUCACUGAAGGCCACAAGGCUGUUCAAGUUGGCGUUGUCUCUUUCGCCUUCGGCUGCGCUCACCAAACGAACGCUGAUUUCUACACGCGUGUGUCGACGUACGUCCCUUGGAUAAGGGAGCAGCUGGCGGCACCCGAUAAGUAACAAAUAGAUUGCGCACGCUGACCUGGAAAUAGAAAGGGAUUAUCGCAUUAAAAUCAUUUACA